GAAAGAGAAGGGAUAGAUAGUCCGGGUUUACGGGGACCGGCAAAAUCCUAUGAAGAAAACGACGUACGCACGUACGACAACGGCAGUAGUAACGUCCGUGGCAGUGCGCUCGUUCUUUCGUGCGCCCUUUAAGUAAAGCCGAGAUUAAAUACCAUGCCUUUGGCUUUAACCCUUUUCCCCUUUCCCGGAAUGCGAUUAAAGAGAAGUAUAUAGUGACUCCAAUCAAAGAAAAAACGAAGAUUGGCCUAAAGUUUGAAGGGUCCUAAAAAAAAAAACAAAAAAAAGGAAGAUAUUCCAAUUGUUAUAAAACAGAUACAAAUUUGUGAUAUCAUAGGUUUAAAUAGAAAAAAAAAGAAAAUAUAAAAUACAAAAAAGAAGAGAUAGAUAGAAAAAGAAACAAAUUGUGAUAAAGUUAGACAGAUAUCAGAGAGAAGAUUAGAGAAAAAAAAUAAAAGAUAUACUUUUAGAAGGGGGUGGGAAAAAAUAUCAACUAUGUGCAGGCGUUUGAAGGAUCAAAAAAGAAAUUGGUCGCAGAGCGUCGUGGCUUGCGGCGCCGCGACAACGCGUCUCAAAAUCUGACUCUUCUUCUUMUUCGUCUUCUUCUUCUUCCUUUGAAGAAUCGAACAGAGCAAACGAGAAUAAACAGAGAAAAAGAGAAAUAAGGAGGGAGAGUGUGUGCUUGUGUAAAAGUGCUGGCGAAGAAAGGAGGAAAGGUCAAUACGAAAUAGAACACAACUCACCGUGGGCUAGAUGCCAAAGAAAAUGUUAACUGACAAUCGUGAUGUCUCGUAAAUCCAAACGAUUAGAAAAUACGCGUUUCACGGUGUGAACAGUUCAUCGUGAUCAAUCUUUGUCCUAUUAAUAGUGUUUCCUAAAUAAUAGAAAAAUCAUUCGACUAGUUCGAGAUUUUUAGCUACAAUGGCUUUAGUUAUGCUUCCUUGUGACCUACCAUGGUGGUCAGCUGUGGUAAAACAAUUGGACAGAGCAGCACUCGCCAAAAACUCCACGGAUCUUAUGGACGCGAUGCAGAGAUUGCACGACAUGUGCAACAUAAGCUUAGAUCCCGAAGAGGACAUUCAAGAUCCCGAGUUAUUCACAGGAUUGGGGAAAUUCCUCGAUGAGGAUCUCGACUUUAACGAGCGUGAACAAAUAUUCACUAAAACAAUACCACGAAUGGUAGAAAGAGCUAAAUCUUUGAGAUCUACAAAACCUUCUUUGGGCUUACACUACAGCUUACAGCAACAAGGAGACAGUGUCGAAUAUAGCUACGCUUUUGUCUCUUCUCUCAUUGCUAAUGCAUUUUUCUCAACGUAUCCAAAAAGAACGACAAAGACACAUCCCACCUUAAGAGAUUUCAAUUUCACGAAUUUUUUCAAACAUCUUCACACGAAUUGUCAAAAGGCAAAAUUAAGAAGCAUAUUUCGUUACUACGAUUAUCUCGAAAACGAAGAUGCUUUGGACGGACGAGUGAUUAUUUCGAGACAGGUAAUGACAUCAAAACAAUGGUUGACUAUUGAAGAUUGGCUCGAAAGUAAUAUACCACUAUGUCCAUUGACGAUUCGUCAUGAAGGUCGUUUGGGAAGACAAGAAACAGAAACCGUUUACGUUUGUUUUGCAAGUGCGAAAUUCGGGGGUGGAGUACUCGACGGUGAUAUCACACAAGAAACCAUACAUUUAGCAACUCAUCCAGAAAUGAUCGCAGCAAUUUUGUCAGUCGAGGCUUUGGAAGAUAACGAAGCUUUAGUAGUCGAAAAUGUUAGGCGUAUAUCUAUCAUAAACGAUCCCCAUAACAGAGCAAUAUUUGAAGCUAUUCCCAAACCAAAUACCGUAACCAUUUGCUGUAUAGAUCCAGAAGAUUAUUCAACAUUACCAUUAACUCAAUUCGUAGAGGACAAUAUUUUGAGAGAAAUGAACAAGUCUCUUCUAGGAUUUCGACAAAGACACGUACCGAGUAGCCCAACAGACCCAAUCAAAAAUGAAUUAGAUCCAGAUGGGAGUUUAGGAGCUCGGAGAUUAUCGCCGAUUGGUGAAAGUUUUAGUAGCACUCCACCUGAAAUUGAGAAUGAAAAUAAAUCCUACGAUGGCACGAAAGAUGCUGAAACAACGACGUUUAGUGAAUUGAACAAAUCACCGAGUGGUACUGAACUUCGAACAAAACCGAACGGUAAAUUCAUUCGAUCAGCGAGCCCUCGAAGAGUUUGCAAGGAUAGCAGUUAUACGAACAAGAGAAAUCGUUUCAUCGUUCUUGGAUCUAGUGGUGAAGUUCUACCAGUCACUCGGAAAUCACUUGGUCAAAUGUCUGUUUACAGUAGUUGCAAUAGUCAAAGUACGGAUAGUUUUCAUAGUGCGAAAGAUACAAUGGACGAAGAAGUUGAUGAAGAAGAACAAAAGUUAACAAGACGCUAUAGUUCGCAAUUGGAUACACCCGAAAGACGAGGUACAUUUGCACAAAGAUUGAAAGAAGCUCUCAAGCGAGAAAGUACAGCUACUGGUGCAUCUACUUCCAAUACUUCUUCCGGGGAAAGCAGUUACGCUGUUGGGAUAAGUAUCGCAGGAAGUAACGUUUGUGAUCAGGAUAUCAAGCUCAAAAGAGGAGGUUCAAGGGGAUUCGUUUUACGAGAUGAAACGGUAGACGAAGAUUUUUUAAAAGAGUCUUUGGAAGCAGAGCAAAAGUGGUUAGGUAGAUUCCGACAAAGUCAACCACCAGCGUUUCAAAGGAGAGAAACUAAUGCUAGCAGUAAAUAUAGUUUUAGUACCGAAUAUAAUUCUGACUUCUGUUCUGAAUUAGAAGAAGUCUACGAGCAAUUAUCAAAAUGGUUGGAAGAUCCAAUUGCAGCGGAUGAAAAUCGGGAAUUGGAUGCACGUGACAGAGCAGUUGUUAGAUUCGCUGGUUCUUUAUUAAAAAGAGCGCUAAGCGAAUCGUUCGCAGGUGUUCCACUUCAAGAAGGUGAACCACAACCUUUCAUCGAUUCGACUGAUAUCAAUCAGGGGCACAAAUUAGCUUCAGCUGUGAGAAGUUUAAGUUUAGAACUGGCACGUCAGAAAAGCAGAAGGCAACAAUCGGUUACUGAAUCCGAAGACAUAGAAUAUUACGAAGAUGCUCUGAACGAUGAGGCUACGAUAACAAAGGAUACGAAGGAUUGCCAACGCAGGAAACUGCGAGCUGUUGCAUUUACUUCUGAGGUAUAUCAAACCUUGGUCGAUGAUUAUACUACUGUAUACCUACCCAAAUCUAUAGAUAGAAAGAUAUCUGGAACUGAUGAUAAUAAUAUUACGGAAUCAGUUAAUGUCAAUAAUACUACGCAUGGAAAUCCUAUAGAGAAGUCCAUACAAUAUUUAGUAAAUGAAAUACCUCGAGAGAAUAAUUCAAACAUUGGCGGAUUGUUGUCCGUAGCAACAGGCAAUUGGGGUUGUGGGUCAAGGUUGAAAGGUGAUCCACAAUUGAAGCUUGUCAUACAAUGGUUAGCAGCUUCAUUGGCAGGUGUACCAAGAUUAAUUUAUUACACCGCAGGAAACUGUUCUUUAUCUAAGUUGGAUACAAUAAGUAGAGUUCUUCUAGAUAGACAAUGGUCAGUAGGUGAUUUAGCUGCAGCUACCUUGAAUUUUUCCAAACAAGCAAUAGAAGAAAAGGUAGUAAAUAGAAAUAAUCUUUUUGAAGAAUUAAUUGGCAUGGACAAGUUAAGUCCUUAACCUGACCAAAUGCUGUCCGUUUUAGUAGACAUUCUUGCUACUAUGAUAGAGGACAGCUUACUAAUGUCGCGUGAACAAAAUACAAUGUCAAUAGCUGACGACAAUGAAUCGAAAUAAGAAAUGGUACUAAAAGAAAAUAAUAAUAAUGAAAAAGAAAACAGGUCUAAAAAAAAUGAAUUGAAACUAAAAAAUUGCAAUAAGAUAUUUAUAAGUAUACGAUCGAAUAAGAUGUUGCUUACGUUUUACUCUUACAUUCUAUCAAUUUGGUGAACUAAAAUCAUUGUAAAUAUAAUCUCUAAUUUAAUUCCUUAAUAUAAACUCUCAAUAAAACGACUAGAAUGUAAUAAUCAUUGAUACUGUCAAUUUUAUAAAACAUCAAGUAAAACAUAAUUAUUCUUACACUAAAUUGUUAGAAUGAAAGAGUCACGUAAAAGUAAGUAACUUCUUUUUCUACUUUAUCUUUCCAAGAUUUAAACUUAACUAAACUUAAAAAUGAAAAUGAUCAAUAAUCAAAACGAAGUAAUUUAUCAUUUAGCAUAUCAAUACGAUGUUUCACAACUGCACAAGCUGUACAAAAUAGCCCUAUCGAAGUAAAAGUAGAUAUUCUGAUAUUUUCUGUAAAUACAUGAAAAAGUGCAUUUUUUCAGGGAAAAAAGGUUUUAAUGAUUAUAUAGGAAUAGUAGUAUUCAAAAAAAAAAAAAAGAAAAAAUGAUAAUAACUAUAGCACAACUAUCAAGUUAAACAGAUGUACAAUAUGAUAUAUUAGUAACACGAAUGUAUAACAUGUCAAUUCUAACUCUUUGUUUAUACAAUGAAACAUAUUUGCAUAUAAUUAUUAAUAAAACACGAUAUAUACUGAUCUAUAUUUUAUACAGUAAAAUUUGUAAGACAUUGACAUAUAUAUAUAUAUAAAUAUAUAACAUAAAGAGUAAUUGCUAGUACAAGCAGAAAAACGGCACUUUAAUAUCAAAAGAAGCUAAGAAAAAGGAGGAAAAAAAA